AUGCAUUUACAAAGGAUAAGCAAACAAAAAGUGGUCUAUACUUACAGGAUCCUCCAAACCCACACCGGAUACUUCACUCUACAGGCCAGCUCAGGUGUAGAGGAGAAGUUUUUCAAGACGUUGAAGGAUCUUAUUCGCCAUUACAAGCAAAAGAAUGAAGGACUUGCAACACACUUAUGCCGUUCGCUGAAAAGAAAAACGCUGCAAGAUCAGCCUUUGCAAUGUGCAGAACCACUAGUGCCUAAUGAGGAAAAUGACUAUGAAAAUGUUGAGUGCUCGGGGGACUAUGUUGUUGUUCUGCCAGACUGAUAUAGUCACAAUGUGACGUUCUGACUGGAUAACUGGAUCAGACAAUAUAGAUGUGCUAUUACAGUUUCCAAGAACUUUCUGGACAUUUUCACUUCAAAUAUAGGAAAUGCAUGUGGAAUCACAUUUUAGCAUAGGUAUGUUUUUGUGCAUGGAAAUGCAUACAUUGGGGAUGUAAAUUUGAAUGCUGUAAAUGGUGUGAAUUUUAUG